AUGGGAGCGAGGACCGUGAUGAGAGCGAUAGGGUGUGCCGUCAUGGGGGAGAUGAAAAUGGUCAUCACGGGAGUGGAUGUGCCUCACGGCUAUUCUGUGAGCAACUUGUCUGUUGAGGGGAGAGGCAAACAAGGGGAUGAAGAUCCAAGGGACAAUCUGAAGGGGUGGAAAAUCAAUGGUGACGGAGCUCUUGGGGAUAGGAACAAAUCGGGUGUGAGGGUGGGGAGAAAGAGAGGGGAGAGGGAGAGGGGGAGGGAGGAAGAGGGGGAGGGAGGAAGAGGGGGAGCGGGAGGGGGAGCGGGAGGGGGAGGGGGAGGGGGGGGAGAGGGGGAGGGGGAGAGGGGGAGAGGGGGAGAGGGGGAGAGGGGGAGAGGGGGAGAGAGGGAGAGGAGGAGGGAGGGAGAGAGGGAGAAAGAGGGAGAGGGGGAGGGGGAGGGGGAGGGGGAGGGAGAGGGGGAGGGAGAGGGGGAGGGAGAGGGGGAGGGAGAGGGGGAGGGAGAGGGGGAGGGAGAGAGGGAGGGGGAGGGAGAGGGGGAGGGGGAGGGAGAGGGGGAGGGGGAGGGGGAGGGGGAGGGAGAGGGGGAGGGGGAGGGAGAGUGGGAGGGAGAGGUGGAGGGAGAGGUGGAGGGAGAGGGGGAGGGAGAGGGGGAGGGAGAGGGGGAGGGAGAGGGGGAGGGAGAGGGGGAGGGAGAGGGGGAGGGAGAGGGGGAGGGAGAGGGGGAGGGAGAGGGGGAGGGAGAGGGGGAGGGAGAGGGGGAGGGAGAGGGGGAGGGAGAGGGGGAGGGAGAGGGGGAGGGAGAGGGGGAGGGAGAGGGGGAGGGAGAGGGGGAGGGAGAGGGGGAGGGAGAGGGGGAGGGAGAGGGGGAGGGAGAGGGGGAGGGAGAGGGGGAGGGGGAGGGGGAGGGGGAGGGGGGGGUGAGGGGGAGGGGGAGUUAG